GGGAAGACAUAGAUUCCGUAAUACGUCCGAAAUUAAAAAGGCCUUCUUAACGAAAUAACCCGUCUUUACUUCCGCUACAGACGGAAGGCGGAUGUUGUUAAAUUAGUUUAUUUGUAUUUUGGCACACAAACUAUCUGCAAAUUGUACCAAACCGUUUAAGAAAUAGUUCAGAUGUCAAGUUGAAAAAAACACAAUAAUUAACCUGUGGCAUUUGUCAGCAUGUAUUACAGGAAAAAGGUUUCUUGCGUGGGUUCACAAGGAAGGAAAGACGUCAUGACUUAAAUAACGCAAAAGCUAAGUCGCGGCGUUUAGACUCGUUUCUUGUCACUUUUACGGUUAGUUAUUCUGUUGGGCAACUUUCUAAUCGAGACACGUCUAUAAUUGAAAACAAAUAAAAGCCUGGAUGAUUAUGCAGUUUUCCUCUCUAAAGCUGUUUGUGUUUGAUGAGAGUAUCUCUGGCUGGGUAUAAAGCAGAAACAAAGAUACAGAUUUUAAACUAAGUUGUAUUGAUAAACAUAAAUAUGGCGGAACCAAAGGGAGAUAUCGCAUUGAUUGGACUGGCUGUAAUGGGCCAAAACAUUAUUUUAAAUAUGAACGAUCAUGGGUUUACGGUUGUUGCAUUUAACAGAACUGUGGCCAAAGUUGAUGAGUUUAUGGCUAAUGAAGCAAAAGGGACAAAUGUCAUCGGUGCAAAGUCACUUGAAGAUAUGGUUUCUAAACUCAAAAAGCCACGCCGAGUUAUGCUGUUAGUUAAAGCUGGUUCAGCUGUUGAUGCGUUCAUUGAGAAAUUAGUACCAUUAUUGGAAACAGGAGAUAUUAUUAUUGAUGGUGGAAAUUCUGAGUAUAAAGACACCAACCGACGAUGUCGUGAUUUAAAAGCAAAAGGUAUUGAGUAUGUUGGCAGUGGUGUCAGCGGAGGUGAAGAAGGAGCCAGACAUGGACCAUCCUUGAUGCCAGGAGGGUCUUCAAAAGCUUGGCCACACAUUAAAAAUAUCUUUCAAUCAAUUGCGGCGAAAAAAGAUAAUGAACCUUGCUGUGACUGGGUUGGAGAUGAAGGUUCAGGACAUUUUGUUAAAAUGGUGCACAAUGGAAUUGAAUAUGGAGAUAUGCAGGUCAUAUGUGAAGCUUAUCAUCUGAUGAAAACCUGCCUCGGCAUGACUCCACCAGAGAUAGGAAAGGUAAUGGAAGCAUGGAACAAAACAGAAUUGGAUUCGUAUUUAAUCGAAAUAUCUGCAUCUAUCUUACAAUACAAGGAUGACAAGGGUGAAUACUUGGUUGAGAAAAUUCGAGAUACUGCUGGUCAGAAAGGUACUGGAAAAUGGACAGCUAUAAAUGCUCUUGAUUACGGAAUACCAGUUACCCUUAUAGCCGAAUCAGUGUUUGCUAGAUGUUUGUCUGCGUUAAAAACUGAUCGUGUGGAAGCAAGCAAGUCGUUAAAAGGACCAGACACGAAUAAAUUUACAGGUGAUAAGAAAGCUUUCAUUGAAGAUAUACGACAGGCUUUGUAUGCUUCUAAAAUUGUAUCGUACGCUCAAGGCUUCAUGUUGCUACGAGAGGCUGCUAAAGAAUUUAACUGGGAGUUGAACUAUGGCAGCAUUGCUUUAAUGUGGAGAGGAGGUUGUAUUAUUAGAAGUCGUUUCCUUGGUAACAUUCGCGAAGCCUUCGACAAGAAGCCAGCAUUGAUUAGUUUGUUGUUAGAUGAUUUUUUUAGGGAUGCUGUACACAAGUGUCAGGCCUCUUGGAGACGCGUGGUAUCCACUGCAUUUACAUUGGGAGUACCUGUGCCUUGCUUUAGCUCAGCACUUGCUUUUUAUGAUGGUUAUAGAUCGGAACGACUUCCUGCUAACCUAAUACAGGCACAGCGUGAUUACUUCGGUGCACACACUUACGAAUUGCUUGCAAGUCCAGGAAAGUUUCAUCAUACUGAUUGGACUGGUCAUGGUGGACGAGUGUCAUCAACAACUUAUCAAGCCUAACUGGUUAGCACCUUGCUUGUUAAUAGCUACGACGACUACUUAAUUAGAAAAAUAAUAUUUAAUGACACAGUAAUUCUGCUAUAUUGGCAUGUUGUAUAUUUAUUUUGUAGUUUAUAUUUUGUUUUGUUUAUGCACAACCGCGAUUAAAAUUUUUUAAAAUGAAAAAAAAAUCUCAUUUUGGUCGUACUGAUUUAACAUAUAUAUGCUUGACACUCUUUUUUUUAAUUUUCUUGAAUCCAUUAUAAUUGUAAGAAUCACGAUUUUAUAAAAGUUAAGGCACAUUACUUAAAAACCUUGUUCUUUUUUUCCCUGAUGAAUGCAGUCACAAUUUUGUCGCCAUAAUUGCAAGGUAUUGGCUUAUUUUAAGCCAAUAUCUAGGUGUAAAGUAGAUUGAGGGUUGCUUAAUUUUAUUUAACUAACAUUCUCAAUUUAUGUCCGAAGGGGAAAUAGAAAAAUAUUUUGUGAAAAAAGUUCGAAGUUAUUGUAGAUUUCCUUUCUUGUAGUUUUCGUUCGUUUUGUUUUAAAAGCGUCUUUCUAUUUUCGCAACAAAUAAUUUUUCUGCUUUGCUUGUAUACUUGUACUGACCUGUAGCAAAACCCUGGUAAUGUGUGUCGUGUUUAAAUAAUUUAAGGAAUGUUUAGAUAAAUCUGAGUAAAAUAUGACGGCGUCAUAGGGAGGAAAGUGGUCGGGGCAAAGAUAUAGGGAGGGACCUAUUAAUAAUGCACCAUUGCUUUCGAAAAUGUCUAUUCGUGUGUAUUUAACUGCAUUUAUACAUUGUUUUUUGCCCUAUUUUUUUUUUUAUUAUUAUUAUUUCAACGACUGUAUAUACACCUCUAAUAAACAGCUGAAAAAAACUACAGCGUAUUCAGAAAGUAGCAUGCGGGUUUGUUUUUGGUAGAUUUUGCAAAUUGGAAGAUGUUAUUAAAUUAAAAUGGUUACCAAUUACAGAACGUAGAAAUUUUAACUUGUUAAAAACUACUCAUAAGGCCUUAAACUCAGUAUAUUGGUCUUCUACAUGUCAUUUAGAUGUUAAAGUGCACACAAGAACAUUGCAGAACCCUGAUACCCGUGUUAAACCAUCCGUUGUAUCAGGAACUUUCCAAGAUUUUGCUAGUAAGUUGUUCAAUGAGCUUCCAUCUAACUAAAAAACGAAAACGUUUAUUCCACCUUCUGCAAGAACGUUAAAGGCUACUUGUUAGAUUUUGCAAUAACAAGAUCCCUUGCGGGAAACUGAUGUUUUAUUUAUUUAUUCAUUUAUUUAUUUUUUCUUUGCAUAUUUGCUCCAUUCCCGUGUGUUACUCAACUUCUUUUAAUAAUAUUUUAUUAUUUACUUGUAUUUUAUCUGUAAUAUAUUUCUUGUUAAUUUUUAUUGGGAUAAAGAGCCAUUUUAUUGUAAAUGGAUAAGCCCUGAAAAUAUAUUUUACUUACUUA